AGAGAAAUUUCCGUUUUACUUCGAAUCGCUAUUUCUGACAUUUCAUUAACGAAGACAUUUAUUGACGUCACGGUCAGUUUUGCAAUAAGUGGGAAAGUGCAUCAAUACAAGUGACGCUGGAAAUCCAGUAGCGGUAGAUCCUAUUUUCGAACUGAGUUUAUAAAUAUCUGCUCUUGGGUGACUUCGGAAACGAAGUUUCCGAUUAAGACAUUUUAAAUAUGCAAAGAGUUAGGACGUUUGCUAUAAAUUUCGGACCCAUGUGGUCCUUUGUGAAUAAAGGAAAGUUUGGUGUUGUUCUUGGACGAUGUUAUAUGGAAAGAGCGGCUCAAGAAUCAUUUCUCAAUGGCAGUUCCUCUGUUUACGUAGAAGAAAUGUAUAAAGCGUGGAUCAAAGAUCCUAAAAGUGUACACAAGUCAUGGGACACUUUCUUUAAAAGUACAACAAAAGGUGCUGAACCUGGACAAGCAUAUCAAAGCCCACCUGCAUUUACUGUUGCUCCACCUAUGCCGUAUUAUCCAUUUCCCCCUGGAAUGCCUUAUUAUGUACCUGCAGCAGCUGGUACUGCACCUGUACCAACUUGGCCUGCAACCAUUCCACAAGCUCCAACUGCUGCUUUGACUCCAACUGAUACUUCUCAUAUAGCACCUCGAGACAUUGAUGAUCAUCUUUCUGUACAGGCCAUUAUUAGAUCUUAUCAGGUACGUGGUCAUCUUGUUUCGAAGCUUGAUCCACUAUCAAUUACAGCUGUAAACUAUUCUUCAACUGUGACAGAAGGUGCACCAAGUUCUCCUCAGGUUGUACUACGUAGUCACAAGUUAGAAGAGAAAGAUAUGGAUAGAAUGUUCAAAUUGCCUCCUACAACCUACAUAGGUGGAAAAGAAGAUGUUUUACCUCUUCGUGAAAUACUGAGAAGAUUAGAGAAUGUAUAUUGUCAACAUAUUGGUGUAGAAUAUAUGUUUAUAAACAGUUUGGAACAAUGUAAUUGGAUUCGUGAAAAAUUUGAGACACCGAAAAUUAUGGAUCUAACUAAAGAACAAAAGAGAUUAUUACUUGCAAGACUUGUUCGUUCAACUAAAUUUGAAGACUUUUUAGCCAAAAAAUGGUCAUCUGAGAAGAGAUUCGGAUUGGAAGGAUGUGAAGCACUUAUACCUGCUAUGAAGACAAUCAUUGAUCGAUCAAGUGAACUUGGAAUUGAAAGCAUUGUAAUGGGAAUGCCACAUAGAGGAAGAUUAAAUGUAUUAGCCAAUGUUUGUCGUAAACCUUUAGAACAAAUUCUUACUCAGUUCAGUGGAUUAGAACCAGCAGAUGAGGGUUCUGGUGAUGUCAAAUAUCAUUUGGGAAUGUCUCAUGAACGCUUGAAUCGUAUGACAAAUAAAAACGUCAAAUUAGCAGUUGUCGCUAAUCCAUCACAUCUUGAAGCUGUUGAUCCUGUGGUUCAAGGGAAGACAAAAGCAGAACAAUUUUACAGAGGUGAUACUCAGGGUAAAAAGGUAAUGAGCAUAUUACUUCAUGGUGAUGCUGCUUUUGCUGGUCAAGGAAUUGUAUAUGAGACAUUCCAUCUAAGUGAUUUACCCGAUUAUUCAACUCAUGGAACUAUACACAUUGUAGUAAACAAUCAGAUUGGUUUUACAACUGAUCCUCGAGUAGCAAGAUCAUCUCCAUACUGUACAGAUGUGGCAAGAGUGGUCAAUGCUCCAAUUUUUCAUGUUAAUGCUGAUGAUCCCGAAGCAGUAGUUCAUGUCUGUAAUGUUGCUGCAGAAUGGAGAGCUAAAUUUGGAAAAGACUGUGUGAUUGAUUUGGAUGACAUGGUGUGCUUACAAUGCACUGGUACAGGAGAACGAGUAUGUUUAGGUGCAGAGGGUUUUGGAAACCGCAAUUGCUAUCUUGAAAACAUUGCAGAUAAGGAAGAAAAAGAAAAAUACGAAAUAAUCCUGCAAGAAGCAUUCCGAAAUGCUGAGAAAGAAACCAAAACAUUUAAUAGAGAUUGGCUGGAUUCACCUUGGAGUGGCUUCUUUGGUCAGAGAAGUCCCAUGAAAUGUGAUCCAACAGGUGUGUCUGAAGAUAUUAUCAAACAUAUUGGAAUGCAAUUUAGUUCACCUCCACCUGGAAAUUUCAAGAUUCAUCCAGGCAUUAAACGAAUAUUGAAAUCUAGGAUGGAAAUGGUGGAAAAUCGUUCUGUGGAUUGGGCAUUGGCUGAAGCUAUGGCAUUUGGUUCUCUUCUAAAAGAAGGAAUUCAUGUGCGUCUCAGUGGACAAGAUGUUGAACGUGGCACUUUCAGUCAUAGGCAUCAUGUUUUACAUCACCAAACAAUUGAUAAAACAACUUACAGGCCUUUAUGCCAUUUAUGGCCUGAUCAAGCACCAUAUACUGUUUGCAAUAGCUCAUUGUCUGAAUUUGGUGUACUUGGAUUUGAACUUGGUUUCUCAAUGACUAAUCCUAAUGCACUUGUGAUAUGGGAAGCUCAAUUUGGUGAUUUCAUGAAUACAGCACAAUGUAUCAUUGAUCAAUUUAUUACUAGUGGUCAAGCUAAAUGGGUUCGACAGAGUGGUUUAGUGAUGCUUCUUCCUCAUGGAAUGGAAGGAAUGGGUCCAGAACAUUCUAGUGCUCGUCCUGAAAGAUUCUUGCAGUUAGGCAAUGAAGAGUCUGAUAAUUUUCCAGAAAUUGAUGAUGACUUCUCAAUGAAACAGCUGAAUGAUAUAAAUACAUUUGUUGUCAACUGCACUACACCUGCAAAUUAUUUUCAUUCUCUUCGACGGCAAAUAGCUCUACCAUUCAGAAAGCCUUUGAUCCUAUUUACACCAAAAUCACUCUUGCGUCAUCCUGAAGCAAAAUCAUCAUUUGAUGAUAUGAAUGAAGGCACUGUUUUUAAGAGACUCAUUCCUGAUACAAAUGCAGAAGCAAACCGAAGCAAUGUAAAAAGAUUACUGUUUUGUACAGGAAAAGUAUUUUAUGAUAUACUUAAGCACCGACAGACUCUGGGUUUGGAUUCUGAAGUUGCAAUUGCUCGAAUUGAACAACUUUGCCCUUUUCCAUUUGAUUUGGUUAAAGAAGAAAUUGAAAAAUAUUCAAAUGCUAGUAUUGCAUGGUGUCAAGAAGAACAUAAGAACCAGGGUUAUUGGGCUCAUAUACAGCCUAGAAUGAAAACAGUUUUAGAUAGAAUUAAUGAUACAAGAAAUGUGAUAUACGUUGGUCGUGCAGUCUCUGCUUCGACAGCAACGGGAAGCAAGCAAGUACACAAAAAAGAACAAGAAAAACUACUUGCUGAUGCUUUUUCAUUUUGAAGUAUGUCACGUGAAAUUUUCUCAAAGAAAACGAUCAUGCCUUAUCUGUUUAAGCUCCUAUGUACAUUAGUAUUGAACUUCCGGAGCCGUUAAGUAAUGUGUAGAUAUUAGAAAGCUUACGACCGAAUCGAAUAAUGUAUUUUGUAAGGUAAAAAUUGGUUUCGUGCAUACGCUCGUAAAUUCUCUAAAAGAUUUUUCGGAUAGAAUUUGUUUUUAUGACAAAUUACAAAAAAAAUAUUUUUAACUCAAUUACUGAUUAAAGAAAUUAGUAUUAUAGCAGAAUUUGCUAUAUUUUGUAAACAAAGAAAUUUAAUAGUAGCAUCAGAA